AACGUACGCAAUAAAAUUGUAGUUUUAAAAUGCUUCCCCGACCCACGCGACGCUGGUAUUUUAUACAGAGUUUUAUUUUGAAAUCGCUAGCUAAUGAUUGUUUUUGAUGCAGCUUCUUGCAGUAGUAGUGUACCGGAUGCUGUAGCGAGCCGUGUCGCUGCAGUGUUGCGCUUUCCUGUUUACGGGCGGGAAGAGCGAACGUAGCUGACUGUCUGUCUGUGGAGUCUCUACUGUGUUUAAAUCUGAAGCAAAUUUCUUUUAAUUCCGGUCAGUGCGGAUGGCUUGCGCGUUUUAAUGAUACCAGAAGCACUGCAAGGUCUACAGGAGACGGUUUAAGAGGACCAUUGCAGAAAACUAAGGGGAUUUUUUUGGAGCGUGUAGGGCAGAUGGAGGAUCCUCCUGCAGAUUCUGGUGGUGGCGGCGGCGGCGGCGGCGCAGCAGCAGCAGCAGCGGAGGGCCCCGCGGUGCAGGUGGCGGAUAUCUGCUGGCCGACCGGGGCUCUUCCUCUGCGGCUUCUAGAGUGGAAAGUCAAGCCUGGGACUCUCGUUAACGUGGACUCGGUGCUAGCACUGUGUGCUCCCAUAAGCCAGGAGAAGGGGGCAGAGGCUGCCAGGCUGCCAGAGAAGAAGGUGAAAUCGGACCGUGCUGGAGUGGUGAAGGAGCUAUGCUGUCGACUCGGACAAGUCAUACCUCCCGGGGGUGUCAUCAUCAGAAUACAAGAAUGCAGCCAUCCCAUAGUCAUGAAGGGCUUGUGUGCUGAAUGCGGUCAGGAUCUGACUCAACUCCAGAGCACAAAUGGGAACCAGCAAACUCCCAUCUCCACAGCAACAGUCUCCAUGGUGCACAGUGUUCCCGAGCUGAUGGUCAGCUCCGAGCAAGCUGAACAGCUGGGCCGGGAAGACCAGCAGAGACUACACCGGAACAAAAAGCUGGUUCUCAUGGUGGAUCUGGACCAGACUCUGAUCCACACCACUGAACAGCACUGCCAGCGUAUGUCCAACAAGGGCAUUUUUCACUUCCAGCUCGGCCGAGGAGAGCCCAUGCUCCACACGCGACUACGCCCACACUGCAAGGAAUUCCUGGAAAAAAUUGCUAAACUGUAUGAGUUGCAUGUCUUCACGUUCGGGAGCCGCCUCUAUGCACACACCAUUGCUGGCUUUCUGGAUCCUGAAAAGAAGCUUUUCUCCCACCGAAUCCUGUCUAGAGAUGAAUGCAUUGAUCCGUUCUCCAAGACGGGGAAUCUUAGGAACCUUUUCCCUUGUGGGGAUUCGAUGGUCUGCAUAAUCGACGACCGGGAGGAUGUUUGGAAGUUUGCACCUAACCUCAUCACUGUGAAGAAGUACAUCUACUUCCAGGGAACAGGAGACAUAAACGCUCCCCCUGGAUCGCGGGAUGCUCAGGUUGCACGGAAAGGAGGCCCCUCAAAUCGAUCGUCAGAGAGCCCAGAACAAGGAGGGGCGCCCGGGGCCGAUGAGCAAAAUAAUGGUCUCAGGAAAAAGGCAAAAGACCACGGUGUUUCUGGAAAGGACGAGUCCGCGACACCUCAGUCUUCUCAGGGAGUACCAACAAAUGAACGGACACAUGCCACAGGGGUCGUGGAGGGUGAAUUAAGUCAGAGUAAAGGGUCGGGGACUGAGGCAGAAUCUCAGGAGGGUGACAAAGCAAGCAUUCAUGAUGAUAGUAACAGGACACAAGUGGCACAGGAAAGUGCAAACUCAUCCGCACCGAGCCAUGAAUCCAAUAAUCUAGACUUUGAUCUUUCAAGUGACAGUGACAACGACUCUGUUACAGACAAACCUCCUUCAUCAGACAGAUCAUCAGAUAGUGAGGGCAGGUCUGGCCGGACAAAAGAGCCUGGUCAGGAAGGGGUCACGCAGGAGACCGCUGAUGCGGACGGGGCAAAGGAAGGAGACAGUAAAGGUCAGGGCGAAAGCGAAAACAGCUCUGACGUAGCGGAAUCUUCGGGAGUCCUUCUCCCCGAUCCAGAGCUUGGGAAUGGCUGCUCAGAUAGGAGAGAGCCAGAAACAGAGUCCCAGAAUAGUGAACAAUCUGGGGUUACCAUGGGCGAAGAGCUCCUGGACCAGAGUAUGGAGGACGAGGAGGAAGAGGAGGAAGAAGCCGAUAACGACCAGGACGAUCACUUAAUCUACCUGGAGGAAGUGCUUGAAAGGAUUCACGCGGACUACUACGCCCGUUACGAGACCUUCCUGAAGAAGGACGUGUCGGAAAUGCCGGAUAUUCGCAAGAUUGUCCCAGAGCUCAAGAGCAAAACACUGGAGGGCACGACGAUAGUGUUCAGCGGUCUGUACCCCACCAACUACCCCAUGGAGAGGACCCGUGAGUACUACCAUGCCACAGCACUGGGUGCCAAGAUUGGCAAGAAUCUGGUUUUUAACUCUAAAGACCCUAAUCGGACGACGCAUCUCAUCGCUGCACGAGCAGGCACAGAGAAGGUUCGCCAGGCCCAAGGAUGCAAGCACCUGUAUGUUGUUAACCCAGACUGGCUGUGGAGUUGUCUGGAGCGCUGGGAAAGAGUGGAGGAGAUGCUGUACCCACUGAAAGAGGAAUACUCCAAGACCCCACGGUGCAACAGUCCGGCAGCGUUCCCUGACAAUCAAGGCUCCCUACCGAAGCCUAUUUUUCAUCCAUCCCCCAUCCACCCCAGACCUUCAGCUCCAGCUCCAGAGGUUCGGACCUAUGACCCGGUGACAGGGAAGCUGAUCCGCCGGGGGCCUCAGGUGUCACGGCGACCGCCCUACCUCCAGGCGUCUGGGUCUGAUCCCAGAGAGCCAUCCGGUCUCAGGGGAACCACAAAGGGUCAGCAAGACGAGGCGGCCGGGUCCAGUCAAGACGACGAGCAGCCGGGGCCGUCUCGUCGCAAAAGGCAGCCGAGCAUGUCAGAAACAAUGCCCCUGUACACGCUUUGCAAGGAGGAUCUGGAGAGCAUGGACAAAGAGGUGGACGACAUCUUAGGCGAGGAGAGCGACAACGAGAGUGAGGGGCGAGGGAAGGAGAAGCCAGGUAGCCAGGAGGAGAUGGAGGAAGAAGAAGAGGAGGAGGAGGAAGAGCAGCGGCAGCAGCAGCAGCAGCAGCAGCAGGAGCAGCAGCAGCAGCCUGGAGCCGGACAGACAGCAGGUGGAGGUCUUGGUCCUCAGGCGAUGAGCGUGGAGCAGAGGCUUCAGACACUAUCCAGUGACUCCACUCAGUCCCAUAGUGUCCCAAGGGGCCACAAACGAAAGCACGAUGAAGACAAGGGGGAAGACAAUGACGGCGUGGAGGAGAAGAGGGAAGGGGAGGACUCGGCCGACGAAUCUUCCAAAGACUCCAAUGAGGAAGAGGGAGGCAGCAGCUCAGAGGCGGAUGAGAUGGCCGCUGCCCUGGAGGCAGAGCUCAAUGACUUUAUGUGACAUGUGAUGGCAAAUCAAACCCUGGUCCCCCCCUACGAGUGGUACCUAAAAAAAAAAAAAAAUAAAAUUAUUUUUCUGCUUUGGAAUAUUUGUGUACUUAGGAUGUUUGAGCCAUGAAUGUGUGCUGUAAUUAAAAGAAAACUGAAUGUGCUGUACAGACCUGAUGAUGUUGCAGUGUAAAUAAGGCUUAGAUUUUUGUAGCAUUGAUAUACAGCCUUUUUGGCAUAAACCCUUUGAUGUGGACAUUUUAUUGUAACAUAAACUGUAGGAGACAUGAAAUUUGAUAAGUUUGUUUUCUAUCUCAACUUUUAUAUUGAUGAUUAAAAAAAAAACAAAUGAGUAAAAUCAUAAACUGUAAAUUUUGCUGAUUGUACAUGCCAAAGAGUUUGGGACAGGUUUGCCUAUGUGCAGCUAAAUAUUUUACUCUUGACUUCCAUUUUUUUUUUUUUUUUUCUUUUGGCCUCCUCACUGGUCAAAAUCCAACCAGCGGCUCUAGACGUUUGAAUGUGUUUCUUCCUGCCCAUCGUGUUUGUACAUUUGAUAAUGAUAAGGUAAGCUGUUGGGUCUUUUGUGAUGAAUGGCCCCUUUGGUGCACUAACACCUUCAACUGAACCCAGCUAAAUGUUCUUUUUAUAUGGCUCACUCAUCCAUCCUCAACCACUCUGACUGUUAGAAGGGACAGCUACUGUCACUGGGCCUCUGCACAUACACUGGAGCUAUUCACUUGCCAAACGUUGUUUUUUUUUUAAAGGGUUAAGUCACCUAAUUUACAAAUGAAAAUCUCACUUACCUUUGCCGUCGUUUAUCCUCACGAAUAUUCUAACUUCUGAUGCUUCUGACUCAUUUCUGUCUGUACCGUGACCUACAGAGCUCAACACCAGUAGGAAUAUACAAACAUUUUGGGACUGAACUCUCUUGCUGAGAGUUAAAUGAGUGUCAAGCUACCACCAGUAGUCAGUACAAACACUGGCGACAAGGAGAAACAAUAGGUUGGCAGUUAUUUUCAUUAUUAUUCCCUUUUCAUUUGCUGUUUCUGGUUGCUAAUGGUAACGCUUCUUACUUUAUCCACCAACGGUCAGUCAGAGACGACGCUUCCUUCAUCCUGGGGCGGAAUGGUGGUUUAGGUUUAAAGAGGGUUAUGUGAUCUGAUUCAGUGUUCUGUUUUUGUACCUAUAGGACAAACGAGAUUAGGAGGAUUCUGAGGUGCAGGUAGAAGGCUUUUAUUUCCUCCUGUUUUCAGUCAGUCAGCUCUACCUUUGACAAAUACUUGAAUUAUUCCUUUAAGGAAACAUGCAAAUAGAUUUAAAAAAAAAAAUAAAAAAAAUGACAUAACAUACAGCAAAACGAAUUGCAUUGCAAUUACAGACAAGCCAAUCAUUUCAAGCCAAAAUUUCCCAAACAGCCUGAGGAUAAAAUAUGGAAAAUUAGAUAACAGCGUUUAACUUAAACAUUUUUAUUCAGCUUUUUCUGCCGUAGCCUGACUCAGCGCUCAGUAUGUCUGACAACGUAGUCUGGAUUUCAUUACGGGCUUGUUUCAGCUGAUAAAGAAAGGAAAAAAAAUAUCCCUCUGCACACAAUUAGAUGGUCCUGCAACCGAUCACAGCAACAAAUGAUGUGACAUUAAGUGAUGAAGGUUUAAUCAAAGCUAACUGUUCAUCCUUUUAAGUUAUUUUGCUGUCAACGUCUUACAAGAAACAUGAUAAACGGCUCACUUCUCAGACGACAGCCAUCCUUUUAUAAAUAAAUACACCUCCACAGAGUUCAGAUGACGCGUGUCACUGUUAAUCUGUCCAUCACCACAUGACGCCCUGCCAAACUAUUUUACUCACCCCAGCAGGCAGGUUACAGUUCCAGCUUUCCACUUGAAAAGAUUUGUGGGUGAGGAAGUUGGUCUUUCUUCCAGGCUACCUAACGUGAGCAUUAACCUCUCCAAGAGCUUCGUCGUGUAGUUGCGUACCACAUGCUGUUGUCGAUGUGUUUGUUUAUUUAUAUUUCUUUUCUCCCAAUCUCCCUGAGGUGUUUCCCCUGCGGCACAGAACAGUGGCGUGACAUUAAAUUCUGCAGACCGUUUGUAGAAUAUGAAAAUGAGUUGCUUACCAAACCCAAACACCUAAGCAGCACUCACCAGCGUCCUGGUGGAAAAUGUCAGCACUUCAGGGAUGUCCCACGUUACAGGAUGUCUUUAUGACCACAGAUGUGGAUUGUCCUCACGGAGCAUGUGUUGCAGCAGGUUUGCUUUAACUUUAAAACUCAGCACCAUUUGUGUGUUUUUUCUUCUCAGUGAAGUAAACCGUGACGAUCUUUUAUCGUCUUCUAAUGGUAAUCACUAUCAUAAGGCAAGAGGGCUGGUGUCUGUUUGGAUCUUUGUCCGUUAGAUGUUCUACCAUGAACCUUUUGUCUUCUUUUUAAUUUUUUUUUUUUUUUUUUUUUUUUUUACCUGCUACACCCAUAAAACUGAGUUUUCUUCUUACAGUGACAAGCCAUCCUAUGCGUGUGUGUUAGAGGUGGUUUUAUCCUGACUGUCAAUCAAACAACUGACAUGUAAAGUAUUUGUUGAGUUUAUUUCCUACCUGACCCAGAGACAAAAUGUCCUUUCAUUAAAUAAAGAUGUUUCUAAGUAACAGAA